UUAUUAUGUGAGUUUAUUAGAAUGCUAGAAUGUUGCUCGGCCUCGUUGUGGGCUUAUGCAAUUUGAUCCUAGUCUAAAGAGGCGCUCGAGCACUGGGAGUACACGGCCUACAAUGCGAACCCUGCUUCUGAGGCGUCUUUCUACUCUCUACUUCUGCUGUCUUCUCUUGGCUUCCUCAGCCUCAGUCAGGAGAGUUGCCUCUCCUCACCUUGGCCUUCGGUCACCACCUACUCUACCUCCAUUCAGCUUCCUCAGCCUCAGUCAGAAGAGUUGCCUCUCCUCACCUUGGCCUUCGGUCGCCACCUACUCCUCCUCCAUUCAGCUUCCUCAGCCUCAGUCAGGAGAGUUGCCUCUCCUCACCUUGGCCUUCGGUCGCCUCCUACCUUCUCUCCUUACCUUGGGCUCAGCUCAAGCUCGGUACGGGCUCGCCCCGUCUUCUUCCUCGCCCUCGCCUUGCUCUUCCUCCAUGUCUUCCUCUUCUUCGUCAUCUUCCCUCAUCUCCACUCGCAGUCGGUCCUUCUUGUCCACCUUCAGCGAGCAGGCCAGCACAUGCAUCUCUGCGAAUUUACUCAGUGCUAUGAACAGGAGGCUAAGAGAUCGACGCUCUAUGUCGUCGCUCUCCGCCUCCUGCUCAAGCUCAGCAGCUGCCGUUGCCCGUGGCGAGAACGCGCUGCCCCUCCUUGCCUUCUUGCUCUCUCCUUGCACGCGAGUCCAGCGCUUGCUCUGCAGCCACUUCCCCAGCUUCUCCUUG